UUCAAGCCAGCCAUCCUAGCAACCAUAAACAAGAUGGCGAAGUUCGUUGUUGCAGGCCGCUCAGACUGCCCCUACUAUGCCAGGGCUGAACUGAUCGGUGAUCGCCUGGCAAAAAAUCUCAAAAAGUUCAAACUGCACAAGAUCAUGAUACAACCGGAUGAGUGGGAGAAAUGGCUGAAGGAAACGUGCAAAGAGAAGGGAUGGCAGUUUUCCAAAUCUCCCAUUGUUUGGAGAGAGCUGAUCGACCGUGGAGGAAAAGGCGUCCUUAUCGGAGGCGCAAAUGAAUUCCAAGAGUACGUGAAAGCCUACUACGACCUGGAGUCGGACAUGAACAGCUACGACAUGCGCACAGUCAGCGGCGAGAACAAGGUCACCAAAGAUGAGCUGGACCAAGAGGCGCAGGAGUGUAAAGCGCUGAGCAAGCCGGUCCAUGUGUGCAUCACCAACGCCAGCAACCCCAUGUGUUAUCAUCUGUUGAACAUUCUCACCUCGGGAGACGUGCUCGGGCCCGACAUCGAGAUGACCCUGCGCCUGCUCGUGAACUCGGAAGACGAAGUAGAGUCCGUCACGGGGAUGGCGAUGGAGGCCGAGGAUUUAGCUCACCACCUCCUCAGAGGGGUGAAAAUCUGCACAAGCCCCCACGAAGCGUUUGAAAACUGUAGUUAUAUAAUUUCAUUAGACGAACUCGCGAAGCAGCCAGAAGAAACGCUGAAGGAUUGCUUGACGAGAAAUGAGGAGUUUUUUAGUAAGUUUGCCACCAUCAUCAAUCACAAGGCCCUCCAGACAUGCAAGGUACUUUUGAGCGGCAGUGGGCCCGUGAACUUCAACGCCGGGGUCGUCCUGAAGAAUGCUCCUAGCCUUGCCCGGCAGAAUAUCGUUGCCGUCUCCACAAUUGUCGAAAACAAUGCAAAGUCUGUUGUAGGCGAGCGGUUAAAUGUGAACCCUGCCGGCGUGGUGGAUCUCCUGAUCUGGGGCAAUGUGAGUGGCUGCCACUACAUUGACGUCACCAAGUGCCGUGUGCACAACUACGAUGGCGCUGUCUGGGGACCCUACUGGUAUUCGGUUGACGCUGUGGAGAUGAUUCACGAGAACAAAUGGAUCCUCAAAGAAUUCCCCGGUCUUGUGGACAGCCGCAAUGAGAAGGUAGCGGGCGCCAUGCAGCGGUCCACCAGCCUCAGCUCAGCCAAUGCCCUAGCCUCGACACUCAAGCACUGGUGCCGCGGCUCCCCGUCCGGACAGAUGUUUUCCCUCGGAGUCUACUCUGAAGGAUGGUACGGCGUCCCCCGUGGUCUGUUCUUCUCCUUCCCUGUGACCAUGGACCCCAAGGGCUACUGGCACGUGGUCCAGGACAGCGAGCUCACCCCAGAGGUCAAGGAGGGCAUUGUCAAGGCUGUGGAGGAUCUGGUGAGAGAGGAGAAAAUCUUCACCGGAGAAGUCAAAG